AUGGCUUCCUCAGGUAGCAUUAUAGAGGGAAAACAUUUGCAGUGCUCCAUCUGCCAGCAAGUGUUCACCGAUCCAGUCACUACUCCCUGCGGACACAACUUCUGCCAGGCAUGCAUCCAAAGAGUGUGGGACAGCAGUGAAGUCUGCCAGUGUCCCACCUGUAGCAAAUCAUUCACACCUCGCCCUGAAAUAAGCAUCAAUGCAGCCUUCAGAGAGCUAGCAGACAUGUUCAGAAAGAUGUCAGUCAGCCUGUCUGCUUCACCGCCGUCCACAGCCAAACAAGGCGAGGUGGUGUGCGAUGUAUGUGCCACCAGGUCUCUGCAGGUGAAGGCGUCCAAGUCCUGCUUGGUGUGUUUGACCUCAUACUGUGAAGCCCACCUGGAGCCUCACCAGAGAGUCGCCACCUUGAAGAUACACAAGCUGAUCGAUCCGGUGAAGGAUUUGCAGGACAGGAUGUGUAAGAAGCACGAGAGGCUGCUGGAGAUGUUCUGCAGGAACGAGCAGAAGUGUGUGUGCCAGUUCUGCACCGAGACCAAGCACAAAGAUCACCAGGCUGUUACAAUAGAGGAAGAGAGCGUGCAGAGGAAGGUCCAAAUGAAGAAGACUGAGGCAGAUUUCCAGCAGAUGAUUGAGGAGCGACAGAACAAAGUGGAGGAGAUCAAAAACUGUGUGAAGCUCAGCGCUAUGAGUGCAGAGAAGGAGUUAAGGGAGAGCAACCAUCUCUUUACAUCUCUGAUUAGCUCGGCUGAAGAGCGACGGGACGAAGUCAACGCAGAGAUUGAGGAGAAGCAAAAAAAAGCAGAGAGGAGGGCAGAGGAGCUCAUCAGUGAGCUGCAGCAGGAAAUCGUUGAGCUCCAGAGGAGAAACAGUGAGCUGGAGGACCUGGGGAACACAGAGGAUCAUCUGCACCUCUUACAGAGGUUUCCCUCACUUACGUCACCUCCACCCACCAGAGAAUGGAUGGAGAUUGGCGUCCACCCCAAGCUCUGUGUAGGGACAGUAAGGACAGCGCUAUCCAAACUGGACGACACCCUGAAGAGUGAACUGGACAGCCUGAAGAAAGACGAAAUGAAGAGGGUGCAGAAAUAUGCAGUUGACGUUGUGUUAGACCCGGACACCGCCCACCCAAACAUCAUCCUGUCAGCUGAUGGGAAGCAGGCGGGCCGUGGCGAGCUGCUGUACAUCGUGCCUGACAACCCUCAACGCUUCGACCCGGUCAUCUGCGUUGUGAGUAAGAAAGGCUUCCUGUCCGGGAGGUUCUACUUUCAGGUUGCAGUGGGGGCAAAGACCUUUUGGGACCUGGGCGUGGUCAAAGAGUCUGUCAAUAGGAAAGGGAUGAUCACCUCCAAGCCGGAGAAUGGCUAUUGGACGGUGCGAAUGAGAAACGGAGACGAGUACCGUGCACUGGAUUCACCAUCAGUCCUUCUGUCUCUCAAGGAGAAGCCGCAGACUGUCGGAGUGUUUACUGACUACGAGGAGGGGACGGUCUCGUUCUUUAAUGUGGACUCCAAGUCUCACAUCUACACCUUCACUGGGUGUUCGUUUUCUGAGCGGAUUUUCCCUUUCUUCAGCCCGGGUGUUUAUGACGAAGGAAAGAAUGCUGCACCAUUGGUCAUCACAGCUGUAAAUCACAAAACAUAGGCUUGUGAAUAAGGCCUUGACUGUGAUUUAAAGCUCGAGGGAAGAUUUGUCU